AUGCCGUCGAAAUUAAGCAAGGUGCAGAAGCACGUCACGAAGAAGAAGGGCGCCAAAAUUCAUGCUUUACACGAGAACAGCAGAGAUGCCAUUCGGCUUCGCAGAGCAGCCGCCAGAGAUGAGCGAGUGAGCAACACGAAUGCCACAAAAGAAAAGCAAAAUCGACCUUGGUUAGACCGUGUUGCCUUCUUCCAGGAAAACCUGCCCGAGACGCUCCAUCCCCUUGAGAUUGCCGAGACGCAGGCUUUGAUUGAGCGAUUCCUGGCUCGCCACGAUGAGGAAGUUGCAGCACUCAAGGCGGAGAGGAGACCGGGCAGACCAGCUUCGACGAGGCAGACCUUACUUGAGCAGCAAAUCAAGACUGAAAAGGCUGAGUAUGAGAGUGGAUUCUGGGUGCCGAAUAUGCAGGAUGAAGAGGCAUUGCAGAAGCUCGAUGCGUGGAAUGGUUCAUGGUUGGCUCUGGCGCCGUUGAGGUUUGUGCGAGUCGACAAUGCUGGCGGUGUGAAGGAGAGCCAAUUUCCACCCCGAGGUGCUGCUUGA